AUGUUACCAGACGAGCUUCUUGAGCUACUCAAUCGCGAGUAUCCCUGCCGAGAGGAACAGAUGCACCAGCUAUCCUCCCUCUUCCAACCCGGCCUACCGUCUCCUCCUUUGUUGGUCGCACACGGCCUCACAGCAACCGGAAAGACAUCGAUCAUCAGGCAGUUUUUCCAACUCUCAAAAAUUCCUCAUGCAAUCAUCACAUCGCGCGAAUGCAUCACAGGAAGACAUCUGCUGGAGCGCACAACGUUCGCGAGUUUGGAUGCGCUGGACGAGUUCAACGAUGAGCGGAUAGAUCGACGACCAUAUGCGCGGACUGAGAACCUGAACUCUUUGAUAGUUCACUUGCAGAAAAUGCUAGAUGGACGAGGGCAAUUUGUACUGGUAUUCGACGGCAUUGAUAAGCAACGGGAAGCACCGCCGACGUUACUGCCAGCCCUUGCGCGCUUCAGCGAGACGAUUCCAAAUCUCUCAAUCCUCUUCAUAACAACAUUGCCACUUUCCACGCAGCUCCACAAGCCUGGAGUACCCCAUCUCCAUUUUCCAACGUAUCCACGCAAUUCUCUUCUGACCAUUCUCUCGCGAUCGCCCCCAAGGAUCUUCCUCCAGACCCCAUCCGCCGACGUGUAUCCCGAUUAUACCCAUGAUCUCGCCGCAGAAGAUGACAGUUGGCUCUGGAACCGGUUCUUGGGCGCAGUAUGGGAGUCACUCUCCAGGCACACGGGAAGAGACCUAACAAGCUUCCGCAACACCAGCAUGAGAAUCUGGCGCGAAUUUGUGGCCCCAAUCGUAGACGGCAGCUUUGGUACCCGAGAUUUCUCCCGAUUGAUGGUGAACCGAAGACACCUCUUCCAGCUCGAAGAUUCCGUCCUUGAUCGCAUCAUCUCGCAGCAGCCCACAUCAUCAGGAGCAGCAACCACCAAUGGCACUACUGCACCCCCGCCGCCGAGCGCAAAAGCUCUUCUCAAGCGGCGAACUAUCCAGCACGAUCUACCCUACUACACAACGUACCUCUUAAUCUCCGCGUACCUCGCCUCAUACAACCCUGCCCGAACCGACACAACGUACUUCAUGAAGCAUACCGACAAGCGCAAGAACAAGCGAAAAGUUCGCACCGACGCCGGCGUGACAAAGUCCAAGCAUCGCCGCAUCUCCCGCCAUCUCCUAACACCCUCUCCCUUCACAGCGGACCGCCUCCUUGCCAUCUUCCGCGGCCUGGUCGAUGGUGACGUGCCACAAAUCGCCGAUAUCUACACCCAAAUCGCCACGCUCACGAGCAUAAGGCUACUCGUCAAGAUCGGUGGCUCCGGGCCUGGUGUUGACCCGUUGGACGCGGGUGCGAGGUGGAGGGUCAAUUUCGGAUGGGAGUGGGUUAGGGGAUUGGGUAGGGGCGUUGGAAUCGAAGUCGGGGAGUAUCUCGUUGGUGGUGUUGACGGGUAG